UGACAGUCGUGAAUCUUCUUUUGCAUCGAACGGACGUCUCACGUCCUAAAAUCUCGAUCGAACCGUUGCGGGCUAUAUAUAUUGAUUUAGAAAGUCAUACAUAUACGACUCGGACGGAUAUCAAUAUUUUCGGUUUUCAUUUACGAGUUUUAUCCUUUUAAAAACCUAAAGAGGCCGUACGAAAACGAUCCGAAAUGGGAGAAACGGAGAACGGAGAUAUCGAGCCACGGGCCUCGGCCGAACCGGAGGGAGCAUCUGCCCAGGAUACUCUGCAGGUGCCAACGCAAAAAAAGCGCAAGCUUAAGUCCCCAACUCCUGGAAGCCUACGUGGACGCAGUGCAACGCCCAUUCAUGGCCGUAGUCAGACCCCGUUCACCCUAUAUAUGACGCGACGCAGUGCAACGCCUUCGACAUGGCGCAGCAUUACUCCUUUCCUGAAACGCGAGGAAAAGGAGAAGACUCCCUUCGAACUGGGAAGGGAUAUUAAGAGCCAGACCACCUGCAAUAUCGCCGUCUUCGAUCGCGCCCUCGUAAUGGAUAUUUCCGAGCCGUUGGACGUGCAAAAACCCGUACGUUACAUAACGUCCGAUUUAUCGGUGAUCGAUCGCGCUGCCGUAAUGGAUGUGUCCAACGUUGAGGUUAUCUACGUUGUGGAGGAAUAUGAAGAGGUCGAGGAAGAGGAGAUUAUUGAGGAGGUUAAGCCGAAGAAGAAGGAGAAAAAGGCGAGAAAGCCCCGUGUCCAGCGAAAGUCUAUUGACAAGGAUAUGAGUCCUUCCGGGGCUGAGGAUGGCGAGGACUUGGGUGACUAUGGCGGCGAGGACAGAGAGGACAGUGUCGAUUUGGAUGAAGGCGAUGAGCCCGUCAAAAAGGGCAAGAAGAAGGCACCGCCCAAGAAGAAGGAGAAGAAAGAGAAAUCGCCCAGUCCGAAAUUGACCUUGAAACUGGAGAUCGGCGGUGGUCAGAAGGCUAGCAAAAAGAUGUUUGAACAGCAGCAGCAGCAGGCCAAGCCACCGCCGAAGAAGAGCAAAAUGGUGCUCCAGAUGGAGGAGCAGGCAAAGGCAGCAGCUAAGGCUGCCGAGGAGGCGGCUGCCCGUGCCAAGCCCAAGGGCGAAACCUAUGAGGAGCGUCAAAAGCGACUCCAAGCCGAAAAGGAGGAGCAGGAGCGUCUGGAGGCCGAACAGCGUGCCCAGGAAGAAGCUGAGGCCGAGGAGGAGGAGGAGGAUCCAUCCGCCGUGGGUGAGGAGGGUGAUGAUGGCACCGAGGCCGGAUAUGGAGACGAAGACCAGGAACAGGAAUAUCCUGAUGAGGAAAUUGAAGAUCGUGAGCCCGAAGAGGAGGAGGAAGAGGUGGCUGAUCCAAAGAAGAAAGAAAAGCGACGUGGCAGCGACUCCUCUGACGACUUUGUGCGCCCUGAUCCACACGAGGAGGAGCGCUGGCAGCGCAUUGCCGCCGUUGAGGGAGAGGAAUUCAUGCAGCAGAUGCGCAAAUAUAGCCAGGCCAAGCGGAUCAGUGAGAAGGAGCGCGACGCCGACUGGCAGCGUCGCCGAGAACAGGCCCGCAAUCCCAAGUUCAUUAACUUCCUGUCCGACCGAGCCGUCGAAGCCGGUCAAAGUGUCCGCCUGGCCUGCGCCGUCGACGGUCCGGAGUUGUCAGCCAAAUGGUACCAUAACCGUAAGCAGUUGGAACGCGAUGGAUGCCACCGAAUCAUCAAUAACAACAACAUCCUUGUUCUGGAGGUGCUUAACACCACCAUUCUGGACUCCGGAGAAUACUCGUGUGUGAUCUCGAACCAAAACGACGAGACGUCUUCGUCUUGCAUUGUGACCGUCUAUGAAAUUUUCAAGGACGAACCCAAACCCCCUUCCAUUCAGUAUAUCAAAGAGUACUACCAUCUGCGUGACGAUGAACUGACCAUCGAGUGCCACGUUCAUGGCUAUCCACGACCGGUGAUCACUUGGUGGCGCGGUUGCUUCCAAGUCAAGCCCAGCUACAAAUUCACCAUGCUUGAGGAGGCCCACGGUGUGUGCAAGUUGCUGAUCUACAAGCCGAGCAAUAAGGAUGGAGGCAUCUAUACCUUGAAAGCCAUCAACUCCAGUGGCGAGGUGCAGAUCAACCAUACGGUCGAGGUGGCCAGGAAUCUGCACUACCACGUGCCCGGCAUUUUCCACGCCCGCGACAAGAUCCAGCUAGACAGCUUGAAGCAGGCCAAGAAAGCCAUGGAAGCGGCCCUCAAGUCCAAGGCCGAUUCCGACCAAAGAAGGGCGGAAGCGGAAGAGGAGCAGCAGCGCCUGCAUCCUGUCAGGGCUACUCCCGAAAAGCUGGUGCCUGCCAAGCAGAAGCUGGCAUUUGCCACCCAGCUGCGUGAUCGCAUGGCUCUUGAGGGUUCCACCAUUAAGUUCGUUGCCACUGUGAUUGGGCCUGAUCCCAAUACCCGUUGGAUGAAGGAUGACAAAUGGGUGGUAGUGGGCGGAAACAUAAAAAAUCUCUCUGAGGAGGGCAAGGCCAUACUUGAGGUCAGCAACGUCACUAACGCCGACUCCGGUGUCUACAAGUGCGUGGCCAAAAACGAUCUCAGCGAGAUCGAGACCUCCUGUUACUUCAAGGUGUAUGCGGCACAGGCGGAUGGCGACGAGUCGGAACCCAUUUUUGCCCUACCCCUGAGAGAUGUGUAUCAUGCCUCGCAGAACGAUCUGAUUCUCGAUACGAAGGUGCGCGGCAACCCCCGCCCUGAAAUUUCGUGGACCAAGGACCAGAUACCCGUGGUGCUCGACGAUCGUGUUGUUCAGAUUGAGCACUUGGACGGCAUUUGCGAGCUGAUUAUCAACAAGCCGACGAUCAAUGACAACGGCAUCUAUGUCUGCACCGCCAAGAACAAACUGGGCAGUCAGUCGACCACCCACACGGUUGUCGUCGACACCACCCACACUUCGCGCCGAUCAAGCAUCCUGUCCGCCAUCGCCAUGCAGGAAGGAGGUGGAGAGUCUGCCGAGGGCCCCAAGGCCAAGGGCAAGAAGAAGAAGAAGGACGACGAGCCUGAGGCCGGCGGUGAUGGUGGCUACGAGAGACGUAGCCGAAUGCCUGAUCCUUCGCCCAAGCAGAUGUUGUACUUCACGGUCAACCUGUCCAACCGAUAUGUUGCUGAGGGCUCCAAGGUCAAGUUGCAGGCCGUUGUCGGUGGCCCGCAGCCCAUGAUCAAGUGGCAGAAGGAUGAUCAAAAUGUCACUUACGGUCCCAACAUUCGCAACAUGAACCGUGAUAGUUUGGCGGUGCUGGAAUUCACCAAUGCUCAAGUGGAGGACUCUGGCACCUACUCGAUCAUUGCCCAGAAUGAGUCGUGCAAGAUCACCACCUCGGCCAUGCUGCAUGUGUACCAGACCAAGGUCAACACGGAUGUGCAACCCGUCUUUAUUCGCUCUCUGAAAGAGACCUAUCACCUGAACACCAAUGAGCUGAUCCUGGAGACAGCUGUUAGAGGUCAACCCACCCCCGAGGUCCAGUGGUUCAAGGACAGCAUUGAAAUCCAGAGUGGUGGUCGUUACCAGAUCAUUGAGCAUCAGGAUGGUACCUGUGAGCUCAUCAUCGAUCGACCGGACAACAAGGACUCCGGCAAGUACGUUGUCAAGGCGGAAAGUCGCGCCGGCAAGAUGGAGAUCUCGCACUACGUGCUCUUCGAGGGUCAGGCCCAUCACAUUGCUGACAACAUCCAUGGUGUGUUCCAUGCAGAUAAAAGCUUGCUGCGACCAAAGGAGGUGGAGAAACCGGUAGAGAAGAAACCGGCUCCUGCUGCCGAGCCUGAAUCCGAGGCUGAGGACGGCAAGGCGAAGAGGCGUGGCCGCAAAGAAGAGGAUGACGGCGCAUCCUCCGCCUACGCCACUGACUACGCCUCCGAUACCGCUAGCUUGUCGAGCAAGCGUCGCGAAAAGAACAUUGCGAUCCACUUCAGCACUUCGAUGAGAGAUCGUGUGGUUGCCGAGGGAUCCAAGGUUAAGAUUUCAUGCUUCCUGGAGGCCAAGGAGCCACAGGUCAAGUGGUUCAAGGACGGCGAGCAGAUUCAGAACUCACCGAAGCUAAGGGGAAGGUACAGCGAGGGUCUGUGCCUGCUGGAAAUCAUGAGCGCCACGGCAGAGGACAAUGGCGAGUACAAGUGCUGGGGCCGUGACGAGACUGGAGAGGCAUCAACCUCAUGCCGACUUGAAGUCUACGAGAAUCCGGGCACAGGUGAUGUACCACCCACCUUCACGCGCAACAUCAAGGACACGAUGCACGGCAAGAUCAAUGAGCUGCAGUUGGAUGUCCAUGUUCGCGGGCUGCCCACUCCAUCGGUCACGUGGGUGAAGGAUGGCGUCAAGGUCGAGAAUAGCGACAAGUACCAGCAGGUGGACCAUGACGAUGGUACAUGCGAGCUCUUCAUCAGCCAUCCGAAGCCAUCGGACAGCGGCAAGUACGUGUGCCAAGCAGAGAAUCGCGAGGGCAAGACAGAGAUUGUCCACAUGAUCACUGUGGAGCCGCGAGUAAGGGCACCACGCAUCUCGCCGCCAAGGGAGGGCAGGCCUCCACGUCCGGGAGGCGAUGAGGAGGCUCCUCCAGCUGGAGAAGAAGGUGCCGAGGGAGCAGCUGAAGGCGGUGAAGGUGGCGAAAGGCGCCGCAGGAAACCAAAACCAGAUGAGGAGGAGCAAACCAGCUCCAGGCGCGAAGUGCCACCACCUCCUGAUCUAAGAAAGCGUCUGUACUUCCGUAACUUCCUCUCCAACCGUACCGUCAAAUCGGGCAGCAAUGUCAAGUGGAUGGUGAAUAUUGAUGGCCCGGAGCCAACUGCCAAGUGGUUCUUCGGUGAGCAACCGAUCGCCUUCGGACCGAAGAGCAAGAUGUCCAUGCAAGACGGUAUCGCCUGGUUGAACUUAGUCGGAGUUACGGAAGAGGAUGCCGGAGAAUACACUUUGAGGGUUAGGGGCAGUGAAAAUGAAAUCGUGAGCACUUGCAAUUUGUUUGUGUACAGCACGGGCAAGCCGGAGGUUAUAUCGCCUACCUUUGUAGUGGGUAUCAAAGACACAUAUUCUCUUAACGAGAAUGAGUUGGUUCUGGAUUGUCGCGUACGUGGUCAGCCACGUCCUGAGAUCCAAUGGGUCAAGGGAACCGAGCCCAUUGAAAGCAGUGAAAAGUAUAAGCUGAGUGACCAGGCCGAUGGCUAUGCCAAACUGGUCAUCGUGAAUCCCACGGAGAAGGACUCCGGCAUCUAUUGGUGCGUGGCCCGCAACGAGGGAGCAGAGAACAAAAUCUCUCACCAGGUGGACUUCAAGGGUCGCCAGCACUACUCGCUGCAGCAGACUCACGGAUUCUUCCACCGUGACCCCAACAAGCCGCACUUCCUGCUACCUUUGGGUAACCAAACUGUCUGCAAUGGUGGCACCGUGGCCAUUUCGGCGGAGUUCAUGCAGACCAGCACACCCAUUGAGGUUAAGUGGCUCCGCGACCGCCGGGUGGUGGACGGACCCAAUGUCAAGGCCCUGUCCGAUCGUGGUGUCUACACGUUGACCAUCAUGAAUGCCGGACCCGAGGUUGAGGGCACCUAUACCUGCCGCGCCUCCAAUGCCUUUGGUCGCAUUGAAUCCAACGUCAAUGUGGACGUCGCCGUAGGAGCUGAAAAGGAUGAGCGUCCACCACUGUUCUUGUCGCGACCGGAUACCGAAAUGAAGAUCGCCGUGGGUGAUCCCUUCUCGCUGUCCUUCCGUAUUGCCGGCGACCCGAAACCAAAGCUUACCUUCAUGAAGGGCACGAAGGACAUUACCACGUCCGAUCGUGUCAGCAAAGAGGUGUCCGAUGACUACACAAGAUUCUCAGUGCAGCAAGCCCAGAUCUCCGAUUCUGGCACUUACUUUGUGGUGGCCCGCAACAACUUUGGCACUGACAGGAUAUUCGUCACUGUCACGAUUAAAAUACCGAAAAAGAAAGAAGAAGAAUAAAGCUUAUUAAUACAAUUUAUUUUGCAAAUUUCAAAACGCCUCCCUCAACAAACACCAAAUACAAUUAUAUUUAUAUUACACUUAACCCUUGGUCUACUUUCCUGACUCUAUGUGUUCAUUCAAAGCAAUAUAAUAUAUCGUUCUGACUACACAACUUAUAGGUAAACCCGCGCGCUCGCUCCGCUACUCCAACGCAAACACGCUGGGGCCUUCCCCUGGACAGUUAUAGUGACACUUCGUACUUCAGAGAUCGGUUUAAUCGCCCCAACAAACCACCAACGAUAAAAGAAAUUUCCUGUGAGAUCGUAGAUACCCAGCACAUAAAAAACUAUUCCUGUAUUUAUCUUUUGUUAGUAUUUCUGAACGAUUGACUUAAUUACUUUUAUUAACGUACCUACAUAUAUAAAUAAUGUAUUAUAUAAAGCACAGCAAUCCAGCUUAUACAUUUACGUAGUGGAAACAAGAAAAUAAAAAAUAUUUCUCCGGGG